CACCCAUGAUAUAAGCCAUCUUGUCUUCUACUCUCAUUUCACCUUUUUCUUCCACGACCAAACGGGGACUAUUGUGUCCAAAGAGAGUUAAGACCCUUCGAACCUUAUUUAAUCUGGGCCGUUGGUUACUACACUAAAACAUAUCCUACGGCCCACACACUUUCCUCCCUCUUCAUUUGCUCUCUCACUCUCGUGCCAGAUCUCAUCUGAAUGCAGAGAAAAAUGGGGUCCACUCCCCGCGGCAAUGGAUCGGAGGAAGAUAUCACCGGCAACGGCGGCGCCGUCACGUCGUCAAUAGAUUUCGGCAAAGCAGAGGCGGUGGAGUACGUGCGUUCAUUAACUGACGUCGGAGCAAUGACGCGCCUCCUCCACGAGUGCAUUGCUCACCAGCGAGCCCUCGACACGCAACUCGAUGACCUCCUCUCCCAGCGCGCCGACCUCGACCGCCACCUCGUCCAGCUCCAGCGCUCCUCCGACGUCCUCGAUAUCGUCAAAUCCGACUCCGAUCACAUGCUCUCCAAUGUCUCCUCCACCUCCGACCUCGCCGACAGCGUCAGCCGCAAGGUUCGCGAACUCGACCUCGCACAAUCGCGCGUCAGGUCCACGCUCCACCGCAUCGACGCCGUCGUUGAGCGCGGAAACUGCCUCGACGGCGUCCUGCGAGCCCUCGACGAGGAGGAUUACGAGUCCGCUGCUAGAUACGUCCAGACGUUUCUCCAGAUCGACGCGCAGUUCAAGGAUUCCGGCUCCGAUCAGAUUCAGCGUGAGCGGUUGAUGACUGCGAAGAAGCAGCUCGAAGGGAUCGUGCGGAAGAAGCUCUCCUCCGCCGUGGAUCAGCGCGAUCACAACGCGAUUCUGAGGUUUGUUCGUCUUUACACGCCUUUAGGUUUGGAAGAAGAGGGUUUGCAGGUUUAUGUUGGGUAUUUGAAGAAGGUGAUUGGGAUGAGGUCUAGGAUGGAGUUUGAGCAAUUGGUUGAGUCCAUGGAGCAUAGUAAUAGUAAUGUGAAUUUCGUUUCGUGUUUAACCUCUUUGUUUAAGGACAUUGUGUUGGCGAUUGAAGAGAAUAGUGAGAUUUUGAGUGGUCUUUGUGGUGAGGAUGGGAUUGUGUAUGCGAUUUGCGAACUUCAGGAGGAGUGUGACUCGCGGGGUUCUGUGAUCUUGAACAAGUACAUGGAGUAUAGGAAGUUGUCUAAGUUGUCAUCUGAGAUAAACGCGCGCAACAACACCAUGCUCGCUGUUGGAGGAGGAACUGAAGGGCCUGACCCGAGAGAGGUUGAGAUGUAUUUGGAAGAGAUACUUCAGCUUAUGCAGCUCGGUGAGGACUACACUGAGUUCAUGGUUUCGAAGAUUAGAGGGCUUGCUUCUGUUGAUCCUGAGUUGCUUCCUCGCGCAACCAAGGCCUUCAGGAGUGGUAGCUUUAGCAAGGUUGUGCAGGAUGUGACUGGGUUUUACGUCAUUCUUGAGGGAUUUUUCAUGGUGGAGAAUGUGAGGAAGGCUAUAGGGAUUGACGAGCUCGUGCCUGACAGCCUUACCACUUCUAUGGUGGAUGAUGUGUUCUAUGUCUUGCAGAGUUGCUUGCGAAGGGCAAUAUCUACUUCGAAUAUCAAUUCUGUUGUGGCGGUUUUGGGUGGUGCUAGCAGUUUGUUGGGCAAUGAGUAUCAAGAAGCCUUGCAACAGAAAAUAAGAGAGCCAAACCUUGGUGCAAAGUUGUUUUUUGGUGGUGUCGGUGUGCAGAAGACUGGGACAGAAAUUGCAACUGCUUUAAAUAAUAUGGAUGUUAGCAGUGAAUAUGCUCUGAAGCUAAAACAUGAAAUUGAGGAACAAUGUGCUGAGGUGUUUCCUGCACCAGCUGAUCGAGAAAAGGUCAAAUCUUGUUUGUCUGAGAUGGGAGAUUGCAGCAUUGCUUUCAAGCAGGCUUUGAAUGCUGGAAUAGAACAACUUGUGGCUACCAUUACACCACGAAUACGGCCAGUAUUAGACAGUGUAGGAACAAUCAGUUAUGAGCUUUCAGAGGCUGAGUAUGCCGAUAAUGAGGUGAAUGACCCUUGGGUUCAGAGACUUCUCCAUGCUGUGGAGACAAAUGUGGCUUGGCUGCAGCCACUAAUGACUGUUAACAAUUAUGAUACUUUUGUUCAUUUGAUUAUCGACUUCAUUGUGAAGAGACUUGAAGUCAUCAUGAUGCAGAAAAGAUUUAGCCAGCUUGGCGGUCUUCAGCUUGACAGAGAUGCUCGAGCUCUGGUGAGCCAUUUCAGUAUCAUGACGCAGAGAACUGUUAGAGACAAGUUUGCACGUCUUACUCAAAUGGCAACAAUUCUAAAUUUAGAAAAGGUGUCUGAGAUUCUAGAUUUCUGGGGUGAGAACUCAGGUCCUAUGACCUGGAGAUUAACUCCAGCAGAGGUCAGGCGCGUAUUGGGUCUGCGAGUUGAUUUUAAACCAGAAGCAAUUUCUGCUCUGAAGUUGUAAUAUCAGCUGCAUGGUCUUCACAUUCUUUUGUUUUAUUCUAUUUUUUAGUUUUUAUCUUAUAUGUAUCACAUCUUCAUUCUUAUUGUCAUUAGUUUUAGUGUUUGGGGUUAACAUAAAGUUGUAUUAUGCUAUUUUUGUUAUACUAGCUUCAAAAGCAAAAGAAUUCAGUGUAAUCAGAUUUGCCACCAAGAUAGUCAUUGAAGAUCUUUAUAUGCAUGGACCAUCUUGUGUGAAACAAUCAUUGAAGAUCUUUCUUGAGACUUACAAUACACAUUUCAAAUCAAUGAAGAUCAUUGUUUAAUGAA